CCGCGCGCACAGGCCUUGCUCCUCCCCAAGUACCAGGGCCCGCCCCCAGCUCAUGCGUGUCCUGCGACCCUCGUUUCCCCUUGCUAGAGCCUAGCGUUUUGGCGUCCAGGCUCUUAGCCACCAUUGCAAGUUGCUGAGUGUCUGCAUAGUUUGCAAGCUGGUCUUGGCUUCUGGUUGGGUCUGUAUCACAGAAGAGGAUCUCAGACUCUGGAUGACCCUGGCUUGACUGCUGCCACAGCUAUGUCUGGCCCUGUUUGGGAACUUGGCAGAAUGGCUGAGACCUGCAAAAUGAAAUACACAGUGUUGGACAGCCCUUUGGGGAAGAUGGAGCUGUCUGGCUGCGAGCGGGGCCUGCAUGGCAUACGAUUCCUCCGCGGAAAGACCCCAAGCACUGACCCCACAGAGGCCCCAGCUAGUCCUGAGUUGCUCAGUGGGCCGGAGGGACGGCCAGAACCCCUGGUGCAGUGCACAGCCUGGCUGGAAGCCUAUUUCCAUGAACCUGCAGCCACGGAGGGGCUCCCCUUGCCUGCUCUCCAUCACCCUGUGUUCCAGCAAGAUUCAUUCACGAGACAGGUGUUAUGGAAGCUGCUGAAGGUUGUGAAAUUCGGAGAAAUGGUUUCUUACCAGCAAUUAGCAGCCCUGGCAGGCAACCCCAAAGCGGCUCGCGCAGUAGGAGGAGCAAUGAGGAGCAAUCCAGUCCCCAUCCUCAUCCCCUGCCACCGCGUGAUCUGCAGCGACGGCACCCUUGGCAAUUACUCUGGAGGAGGGCAGGCUGUGAAGGAGUGGCUUCUGGCCCAUGAGGGCAUCCCAACCCGGCAGCCAACCUGCAAGGCCUUGGGUCUGACUGGGACCUGGCUCAGGCCGUCCCGUGGCUCCAGCAGCUCCAAGCCAUCUGGCCGGAAAUGAGUGGCUGUUGUAGUGACAACACUGUAAGGCGUGUCGGAAGCGGGGGGGGGGGGGUGCGGUGGUG